UGAGCAGCCAGAGUGGAUGUUGUUGUUGAAGCUAACGUUGUUAUUUACGGAAGCUGCGUCCCCUCAUUUCAAAACCCUCAACCCCCACCGUGCUGCGGCGCAUCUUAUUCCCCAGUGGAGUCUACUGACCUUUCAUAUAUGACUCUAACAGACAGCUGAUCACAGAGAGCAACUCUGUUUCUCAUCUCCAAACACAGCUAGCAUUAGCUAGCAGGUCCCACAGCAGAGCUAAAAGCUAGCUGUUUAACGGUGAUGGAGUGGCGGGGCAACGGAGCUUCGUUUCACCCCGGUGAAGAGUCCAGCAGUGACCCAGCUUCAGCAGCCAGGGACCACGGUGGUGUUUAUCCUCACCAGCAGUCACCAUCAUCACGACUUUGUGACUGUGCCAUGGCUUCACUGUGCCAGAGCCAACAGCGCUGUGUAAAGGCCUCUAUCGUCUCCAGCUGGAGACUGGCUGAGGCACAGGACCAGCUAUGUUCUCUAGGGGUCCACAGCUCAGAGUCCCUGGAGCAGGAACGUGCUCGGACAUUGGCCUGCCCCACAGAACUAACACACACUGAGGAGGAGUGGCGACGCAAGGAAAGCAUGCUGGGAGGUCAGGAACCCAACCGCAGUCCUGUACUCGGAACUGUCGGAAGUUGGGACGUCUUUGAUAAGAGUAUCAUUAAUGUCCAAAAUCAGCCCGUUGAAAUGGAUCAAGACAAGUGCAAUACGUUUCUCCAGAAGUACGAGAAAGAGCUUAGGCACUUUGGGAUGUUGAGGAGAUGGGACGACAGUCAGCGAUUCCUUGCAGACAUGCCUCAGCUCAUCUGUGAGGAAACGGCCAAUUACUUAAUUGUGUGGUGCAUGAGACUACAGCAAGAAGGGAAAGAAGCACUGAUGGAGCAGGUGGCGCACCAAGCUGUAGUCAUGCAGUUCAUCCUGGAGAUGGCCUUGACCUCUCAGCAGGACCCCAGAGGCUGCUUCAGACAGUUCUUCCACAAAGCCAAAGAAGGACAAGAUGUCUACUUAGAAGUCUUCCAUACAGAGCUUGAGGCCUUCAAAAACAGAGUUAGAGAAUACACAGUCAGGUGUAGAGACGACACACCCAACAACAUUGUACAACACAGCACUGGCCCAAACUGCAGACUUGACCCCAAAGAAUCCCUGGACUCUUUACCUCCAGUGGCAGAGUACCCUACAAAGCGUUGUUUAGAGGCCGGACUGUGGACAAGCACAGGGAGGUGGACGAAGGACGACACAACAGAAACAGAGGACAUACGGAUGAUGGAGACCUCCUAGGGAAUGUGGGAUCGGACCCUGCUUUUCUUCCAUCUCCAUCGUCUCCCCAUUUAGGAACAAGCUGACUUGUAAGCCCUCCUUCAACAGCAGUCCACGCUCAUAAAGGGCAGUGCAGAGCAGGAAUGAACGGGGACAUGAUUAGUCUUUAACGCUGCAUUUUUCAGUUGAGAACCUGUAGGAAAUAAUGUUUCACUGAGGACAAACAUUUCUCAGUGUUGCCAUUAGUAUGCGGCUGUGGCUGGCCUCUGGUGAGUUGGUCCCUGCAGUGUCUUUUGCCAGCUAAAUGCAUGUGUUGUGCCAUAACACAAGUUUUACAGAUCCCUCGCUAUCUUUCAAACUGGUCAUUUGUUAUUUCUCCUGGAACAGAGAUAUGUCCUCACUAAGUUAAGUCCAGACUAUAAAAAAAAGCUCUUAGCAAUAGUGAGUUAUAUCCAAUGUCUGAAGCUGAAUUUGGGUUAGUGGACCUAUUGUUGCACAUGCUGGAACAAUAGAUCAUGAAUCAUGUCAAGUUUGAGAGAAGCAUGACUGAAAAUUGCGUAUGUGGAGGAUUUCAAACCAGAUUUUGAAUCCAAAAAUUUAACUGCCAGAUCUAACAUUACCACAACAUUUGGAAAAAGUGUGGGCCUCACAUGUUUGAAAUUUAUGUUGCAUAUCCCUUUUUUUUCCAUGUUUAAAUUGGUUCACUACUGCUGAAUUUGCUGGCUUAAUGCCAAUGUGCAAGGAGCAGUUUCAGUGUGUUAAAUUGCAAAUGUCUGAAUCUGUAAGACAUACAGAAAGAAAAAGUGCUCCAGUUGUAGCUACCUGGAUUUGUUUUUUCUCCAGCCUUCAAUUUGACAGGCCAGAAUGAAAUUACAAGCCAGUUAAAGUUCAGUUCAGUUCAGGCCCACAACUGAUCCGCAUGUAAGGAGUUGCACACAGUCUCACAGGUCUCUCAAGCCAAUUAUCAGGAGAGGAUGAAUAAUGCAGUAUGCGUGGGUGGCUAGCCAGUGACCGCUUCACUGACUCAGUGUUGUCUAAAAUGAACAGGCACAAUAGCUGUUAACUUUUGGUGCAAAUAUUUUAACUUUCAUUUGGUUUACACGUACAUUAUUUUUUUUAAAUUACCCAAUUGUGGCAAUUUCUUGGCCAUGAAGAGCGACUGGCCCUGUUGGUCAAAGUAAAGCUAGAGUUCUGAUUGUUGUCGGGUUGUCUUACAUCACAUGCUUUUACCAAUGCAGAGUGGUUAAUGUGGCCUUACAUCAUUUGCUUUGAACACUUUGCUAAUUAGCAGGUGCGUGAAGGUCAGAGGUCACGUUAUAGUCUGGAGCUGAUGUUCAGGUAUAUCAUGAAAGGCAGGACAAGACUGGUUCUAAUGAUUCAGGUUCUCUAAAAAGGGUUUGUAGUGUUGUCUGGAGCGGCUUCAGGAGCAAUUAAAGCACAUUUGUAAUCCAACUUUGAACCUCCUUUACAUCUGCCAUUAACAUGCAUCUUUGGCAUUCAGAUUUUAUCUAGAUAGUGUUUACGUAGACAAACUUAUAGAUUCACUCAGUAUAUACACAUAAAAUGCAUACAAUGAAUCGAAAUACAAAAUCACUAGCUAAUCAUUUGAGUUUCCAAUUACCAUACAACAACAGAAGAUAAUGUAGAGUGUAUUCUCAAAAGUGAUAAUCGUUGUUGUGCACUUGGGUCUUGUCUUGUUCUGAUACGAAUAAUAAUUCAGCCUCGCAGAAAAAUAGUUAGUUGCUCAUUUAUGUAAGCUGCUGGACAAAGACAAACAAUAACCUAAAGACGACAGUGCAUGCUUUUUGGUAAGUGUCUGCAAGAUUACGUUUGAGACAAUAUAUUAACUCAGCAUUUAUUGCAUGACUCGGGGGCACUCGGGUUUUGAUGCACACAAAUACACACAGUGAGAGGGGCAUGAUCAGCCCAGUUUUAUGAGGAUAUCUGAGACGGUUUUAGGUAUAAAUGACAAUGAAUCAUCCAAAUCCAGGUAUGAUCUGGGUGCAAGAGGCAUGGUAAUGUGAGGUGUAAAAAGGGCACUACAUUUGUCUCAUAGUUGGUUAUCACACAGGUCAAACAUUUGAGUACAGGACCUAAAAGUACUAAUCAUGCCAAAUUCUUCAUGUGUUUGUUCAUAAAAGGUUUCCUAGGUCCGUAUGGGCUUUGUGUAUUUAUUUUUGUCUGGCUCGGUGACGUGCCAGGGUAAAACUAACAUAUAUUUUAUUUUCUUCACAAGCUUAGCAACUUAGUCCCAGCCACCAGUUUCCUUAAACAAGUCCUCUGGGCAGACUUUUGUCAGUGGUGUGUGGUUAAAGUUCUCAAUUCUGGGAUCUAUACUUGAGUAGGUGACUUAAAAAACAAAAAGAAACAAAAGCACCAGUAUGAAGGGGAGGAAAAAAGGGCUGUGCUUUCCACAAAGACUUUUACUGUAUAUUUAAAUGCAGAACAGAGCUCACUGCAUCUGAAUGUGUACUGCACUUUAUAUCUCCCUUUUCAAACAGUUUUUAGUUGUAUCACUUUUUUGUUGUUGGUCUCCCAGUCACCCAGAAUGGAAUCAGAAAUUCUAAACAUUUCUUAGAUGAGCUUGUGGGUUGAAUUGUGUGAUAUUGUGUUUUCUUUUAUUUUUGUAUUCUCUUGUCACCUGCGCUUUUUCUUUCUCCUUUUUUUUUUUUUCCAAGGAAACUUUUUUUUCCAAAUUCACGAGGCUUCCAAGGAGCUGUCCCCUUGAUAAUCAUAUGCUUUAUUUAGCAAAACAACACAAAUCAGUGAAAACUUGCUGAGCAACAUGGUCAGCAAGAUUUUUUUUUUACCAUAGACUGUGGAAUUAGAAAUACCAUACAAUGCAUUAAAGUAAAAUUCACAAGCGUCUGUGUGAUGCAUUGUUGAUUCUUCAGUGAAAACUACAUCGUAAAUACUGUAAACACAAACAGAGGUGUUGUCAGCAGCAAUGCUUAAAAUAAUGUGCUGUAGUGGAUAAAUCUUUUUUUUUUUUUCGUCCACAGUGACUACUCAACUAUGCAAAAUAACUGUUGGGCUUAAACUGCUGUACGAAACCUGUGGCCAGUGUUUCUGGUGUUUUGACUUUCUACUAUAAAUCCUGUGUUUUUGAAGCUUAUCACAAAAUUUUGAGGGUGUAAGACUUGGUGAAAGAGUUUCUGUCACUGAGAUAUAAGCUUUAGGAAAAUUAUAGCUGUAACACGUCCUUAUUGACAAUAAGCUACAGUAAGAUUUGGCUUCCUGUGCCGCUGUAAGAAACUCAAAUAUAAAACCAGUAAUAAAUGUUUGUGUCUUCGAACUGCUACGGUUCUUUGUAAAUCUACAGUAAUUAUAGAAUUGGAAAUAGCUCUGUCAUUAAAUUCUUAAGGAGAAAUGCCUCCGAUUGUCAAGUUG